CUGAUCACGUUCAACUGCCAGGAAACCGUUUCAGUGUCCAGCUCUUUUUAUUUUUAGCUCAGGAAGCGGGGUGGAGAGAUGUUGGCACUGUGUAAUAAACACCAGAACACGGGGUGCUGCUUUAGAGCACAGCGUGGCUUUAAACGGUGCGAAAAGACGCAGCUGAAAAUUACACCAUUUAUUACCAGAGACUGAAAAGCAUGAGCGCUCCCGUCGGCGCUGGCAGCGGGACCGUCGACAUGACCCAGUUUUACGGUAACGGGACACCAGCUCCCGCUGCGGCUCCGAGGGGCCCGGUGGAGCCCGGUACUGCGUUAUCUCCAGCGCCCUGCCAGAUUAAGACAUUUCUAAAAGGAAAGCCGAAAGUGCUGGGGGGCCUCCAGAUCUGCAUCGGGGUUCUGAACAUGGUGUUCGGUGUGGUUCUGACUCUGAGCGGGAACAUUAGCACAGCUAUUACAGGAGCCCCGUACUGGACUGGAGCACUGUACAUCAUUUCCGGAUCUCUCUCUAUCUCUGCCCCUACUGUUAGAUUGAUCAAGGCAGCCCUGGGUAUGAAUGUGGUGAGCACUGUUGCAGCAGUCCUUGGAAUAUGCAAUUACAGCAUAGAUAUCGUCAUUUCCAGUAUACAGCGAUACUGCUAUGGAUAUUACGAUCGCUUCUGUUGGGGAUAUGUUAAUAAAGAGACUGUCCUAAACAUAGUGCCUCUGAUCCUAACCCUGCUGGAGUUCUGCUUGGCCAUCUCUGUGGCUGCCUUUGGGUGCAAAGCUCUCUGCCACGACUCCUGCACGCCUGUGGUUAUCCUGCACAAUUCCUUCAGCCCUGCAGAGGUUCGUGGGCAGAACCCCUACAGCGAGACUAAGGAUGCGCCUCCAGCCUAUACAGAGUGACCGAGGGGAGGAUUCAUCACACAAAUACAACGCCAGGGAUGGGAACCACGCUCCCGUUGCAAAGCAAUCUGAUCCGUUCCUGGUUUUGCUAGGAGUUUGCUCAGAAAGAUCCGAGCCACCUACCUACACCGCGGCUACCAGCUACCGGAGAACUUCAGGACCGCUCGGGCUCACUGCCUUCCGCCACCCUCUCCAGACCCCCACCUGUUCACGCUGCGCUGGGAGAUCUCCUGAUCCGCCCCUCCUGCUGUGCUCUGGUCUCGCCUGCCCUCAGCACCGCGGUCCUAGAUCAUCAGCUGGUGCGCUAUCCUUGCGCUGUUGCACAACUAAUAAAUCAUUGUAGAUGUA